GAAAUGAAUGUUCGGAUAACUUGAGCGGGGUCGCUAAGUUGCUUGUUACUGCUUUUAUGCAAGCUGACUACAAGCCUCUCUGAUGAUUAAAGUCUAGUUAACAAUGGCACAACACCUCCCAUGUUUAGUGAGACAAGGAGAUAACAUUAAGAAAUACAAAUACUUGCUGUUAGAGAAAGACCAGGUUACUAUUGGUCGUUCUCCUGAAGUCACUCACUGUCUGCUGUCGGUAAUGGUAUCCAGAUGUCACGCAGUGUUAAAGAAACUGGCUGAUGGUUCAUGGAGCAUCACAGACAACAAGAGCCUGAAUGGUGUGUAUGUAAAUGAUAAGAAGUUGACUGCUCAAAUCCCCCACGUGUUGAAGGAUGGGGACCGGGUACAGCUGGGUAUCCCAGUGAAGUCAGGACAGCCAGCAGAGUUCAUCUUCCAGUUUCAUGCUUCCUUAAAAGUCAAGAGAACCAGAAAAGAUUCUGCAGACGACAAUAACCCAGCCAAAAAGAGACUUAAGGUGCAUGAAACAACCACCAAAGAUGAAAACUGUCCACAAGACAGUAGAGGUGAAAGAAUCUCCAACACACAAGGAUGUAUGCCAGAUUCUCCCUAUAAGGCGUACAAACUGAAGCUGGAGGCCCACCAGAAAGAGAAGGAUGCUGCUGCGGGCAUGUUCAAGGCUCAGCUAGAGGAGAUGCAGCGGAAGCUGAAGGCCAAGGAACAAGAACAGGAACUCAUGCGAGAACAGCUGGAGCAGGAGAAGCAGGAGCGUGUCUAUCAGGCUGCAGCCCUGGACCAGCUUAAGUACAAGGAGGAGAAGAUGAAGGAGGAAAUACUCAGCAAACAGGAAGCUUUGGAGAGAGAGAAGCAGGCAAUUGAGGAGAAGAUGAAGGCUGAGCUGGAGGCCCAGUUGAAGGAGCGAGAGGCGCGGUUGACAGAGUACCUGACAAACCAGCGAAACUGUCUCCUUGAGGAGAAGGGGCGAGUUCAGGAACAACUGCAGCAGGAGAUGGAUAAGGCUCUGGAGGAGAAGGACAAACUUCUCGAGGAGCAACUCAUCAAGCAGAAGGAUCAGUUGGAGAAAGUCAUCGAGGAAAAGGAGUUGAAGCAGAAGAUGCUGGAGAGUCAGCUGAAGGAUACAGUGGCAGAGAAUGAAAAGCAGAAGGAGUCGACGUACCAAACCAGGGAGGAUAUCCUUUCCAAUCUCACCGAUGUCAUGGAGUCUGAGCUGCAGUGCAGCAUCUGUAACGAGCUCUUUGUCCAGGCAACAUCUCUGAACUGUUCCCAUGGAUUCUGUGCGCUGUGCAUCAACCAGUGGAUUGAGAGGAAGAAGGACUGUCCUGUGUGUCGAGCCCCUGUCAUUGGACAACAUCGAUCCAUUGUCCUGGACAGCUACAUCGACAAGAUGGUGGAACACCUCACUGACGAGCUGAAGGAGAGGAGGAAGGAGCUAGUGAAGACACGGAAAGCUGAACAAGCCAAGUGGGAUGCCGACCACGAGACAGACUCAGCUGGGCCAUCCAGGGGUCGGAAGAAAGCUAGACUUAUAGUUAUAGACAGUGACAGCUACAGUGACAGCUCUUCAUCUGCUGAGGAUGAGAUGGAUUCCAGUGAAUCUGACGAUGGAUUGCGAGGGGCCUACUAUGGGGGAUACGGAAGAUGUUACACCUGUGGAAGAAGAGGUCACUGGGCCAGUGGAUGUCCAGAGGGCUAACAUCCAGAUUGAUCCACUUGAGUACCCCUUGGUACCAGUACCCCAAACCCAUGAACUUGACUUCUCCAAGACGGACUACUGCCUCCACCGCAACAUCCUUCACUGAAGUCAUGAAGACAUUCAGCUGGGACAAUUCAUUUCAAGGACAUUGGACUGUGUUAUGAUGAAGUGGUUUCAGAAAGAUGGGCAUAUUUAUGGUCAAGAUGAUGAAAAUACUCUCUUUGCUCUUGGGUUGAUGCAGCUGAGAUGACAUGUCCUUUGGGAUGAAGCGCUACUUAUCUAGCUAAGCUGACUGUACUCACUUCAAUACAGGCAUUCAGUUGAGGUGACUUGAAUGCUAACACUGUGGAACUAGUGGCAUUUACAGCAUUGUGCAUCCAUUAGGUGGUGAUCAGAUUACGGUUUGUUUUGUGUUUGCCCUUGGACAAAUAAUGUAUUGACUUUGACAAUGUACUUACUGAGAGUGUUGCUAUGUUGAGCUAAUAUUUGCGUAUAUUUGCAUUUAAAGCCUGAUAAGGAUAUGCACAUACAAGACAUCUACAAAGAGUAGAUGGUUUAGGCAUUGUUACAUAUUGUUCUAUGUGAUCACAUAGAUAUGUUUUGGAGGGUUCAAUUUUUUUAUUUGUCAUCACAUUCUGAAAUUGUGUAAUUGUGUGGUAUGCUACUCAGCUUUGAUUUGUCAUUCAUUUAAAAUAUACACUUGAUAUGUUAUGAAAAUGAGCUUUGUCUAUCAUUAAAACAUAAACAUAUACCAAUCCAAAGUUGAGUAGUAUCUUGCAACAAAUGAGUUAAUACGGGUGUUACAAAUUGAUGUUAUUUUCCAAUUAGUCUGUGUAACUGUUUAAUAUGCGUACAAAGAGAGGGUUUCUGGAUCUGUGUAAUGAUGACAGGUAUACCCGUUAUUAUAGUCCCUUAUGAAGUUUCUGUGUGCAAAAUAUGCAUCAUGUCAGAAAGUGUAAAAUUUCCAAAUCAUCAUCAUCAUCUGUUUGAUCACUUGUCUGAAAGUUAAGGUAACCAGUCAUUAAUUACAUCACCUUUUAACAUUUCCAGAUAAGUGUCCAAAAGUAUGACUGCUACUUUGUUGUUAUGGUGGCAAAUGUUUAGAUUCAGCCAUCUGUUCCCUUUAUGAAUGGAAGCUGUAUGCCAUGAUUAUAGGAUGAAUUAAAUACAAAUUACAGAACCGAUACAUUGAACAGAUCAGUACAUAAUGAAUGGCUUAGUCGCAAGUUUAGGAAAUGUAAGACUGUGAAGUUUGCAUGUUUCUGAGAUGUUUACACCUGGAAAAUAUUCAGGCACUGGUAACUAUACAGUUCCAAAUAAAACAUUUGAUAAAAAUUGUAGUCUGAAAUUGUAGAUGAAACUGAAAUGAAUGAGAUAGUAUGACAUAGGUUGUAACUAUUCAGUGGCAGUAACUACCCUGUUGUAUUGUUUACUUUACUUCCUUGCAUCAUAUUUAUAACCCAGUCCUUGUGAUCAGCUGCAAAAUAAUACACCAGGAACUUGAUUCUAUCUGUUUUACCUUUGUUAUCCCAGACAUUUAUCAUAGAUAAAAGACACCAGGAUGUUCAGGUUGAUAAGAGUGUUGAGAAGAGAUGUGUCCUUCAUGUGAAACAAGGAUGAGAGUGUCUUUCAAAUGCAUAUAAUUUUGUAUGCAGGUUUAUUGUAGCUUAUGCAAGUAUGAUAAGGUUCUGAAGCUUGAAUCAUUUUUGUGUGUAAAAAAGACAUUACUAUUCUUAAAUACAGUAGUAUCAUUGUAGAAGACAUUUAGAUUUGUCAAGGUUGUGGUGCCAGAUCUUAUCUUGUGUUUACUGAUUGUGAAGCAAUUCAGUUUGCAGAGUUGUGUCACUUUGUCAGGAUCUCGGUUCUAAUCUAUUAUUUGGCGAGAAUGUGGUCUGAAUGUUGUCAAUGUAUGGCCAUUAUGUCAUGAAUAUUAAUAUAUUUACACAUUAGAGUUUGUGCGUUUGAGAGCAUUUUAGAAUAAGCUUGCAAAUGUGUGAAUAUUGUUCAUGGACACUGCAAUGAUAGACGUUUUACUACCAUUUGAUGCCAUUACAUCAGCUUUUUUUAUGUGUUCAUCUAACAGAUGACAUUAGGUAUAGAUUGUACCAUUCAUUAAUUAUCUUAAACAAUAUUUUCAUAGAAUUUAUUAUGAUAUUAACUGAUUCUUUGCUUCAAGUAUCUUAUUCAAAAUGAAUAGUUCAUGAUAAUGAUGGUUUUGUCGACUUUAAAAUGGGUUGUAAUGAAUGCAAUUGGUUAGUGAACAACUAUCUCUUUUAGUUUGUUAGAGAA